CUCGAUUGCUACACCAGAACAUGUACAUGGCAAUCUACGCCUAGUAUGGCCCAAUUCGUCCCUCGCCGUUCAUUUGGCGUCCCUUCAUCAGUUCCAAAGUCCUAUUUCCUAGGCCAUCACCAAGCCGCCGUCAGUAAAUUGAAGACGGUUCUCUCAAGGAUAUCUCUCGUCAUUGAGUGCCGGGACUUUCGACUUCCUCUAUCAACUCACAAUCCCAUCCUUGAAAAAGCCGUUGCCGGCUGUCCAAAACUCAUCGUAUAUACGAAACAUGAUCUAGGUAGCGACAGUCCCGGCGUACGGCAAUUGCUGCAGAGGCUCCAUGGGCGACGAGCCAUGUUUUGGGACAAGAACCGUGCCUCAAGCACAGCCUCACUACUGAAACGACUCAAGGAGACUGCUUACGAAGUAGACUCAAUAACAGGGCUGUGCGCGCUGAUAGUGGGCAUGCCCAAUGUGGGUAAGAGUACGUUGCUGAACGCCCUUAGAAGCACUGGGACAACAGGGAGGACGACCAAAGUAGCCAAGACAGGUGACCAAGCAGGCGUAACCCGUAAGAUCGGAACAAGUGUUCGCGUUAUUGAACCGGAAGAGAGAGGAGGUGUCGGCGCUGGUGUAUAUGUGCUCGAUUCACCAGGAGUCUUUGUCCCGUACGUCGAAGACGGAGAGACCAUGAUCAAAAUCUCUCUCGUACAGGGUAUUAAGAAAGGUCUCAUAGCAGAUGAGAUAUUGGCAGACUACCUGCUUUACAAGAUGAAUCUUUGGGAUCCCCACCUCUACCAUCGAUACUGCAGUCCAACAAACGAUAUUCACGAGUUCCUGCUUGCCGUGGCGAAGCGGGAUGGCAAGCUGAAGGCCGGUGGCGUCCCGGAUAUGGGAGAAUCUGCUGCCAGGGUGUUGUCCGAGUGGCGGAAGGGUAAACUAGGCAAAUAUGUGUUGGAUGAUCUCUCUGAUGAAGCCCUUCAACGUCAUGAGUUGAUGGCAUCCAGUCCCCCAGUAAGCCUGAACCAAGGGAAAAAAGCAUGGAAAGAGCAGAGGAAAGAAACCAGCGCAUAAGAAGCCAGAUCUAGGAAUUCAUGACCAUAUACGUUGAACGGCGUUUUGACUACCUAUUGUUUAUAUCACAUGAGUUCGCUGCAAAGGGAAACCGUGGUGCAUGGCAUAGCAUGGCAAAUAAGUAUAAGAUAGAUCCUAUGUAUUGUUUGUACAUCGCAAGUCAUGAGAGCCUCUCCCAACAUGUAGAACAACGGGUAAGGGGGGGAAGAAGAAGAAAACUAGCCUAGCUAGCUAAUAGCGGGCUGUGAUGAAUCCCUUCCAUCAUUAUAGCGUAAAAAAAAACAAAUGAGACCUUAAAUAAGACAUGUUAUAAAC